GAUGAGCUGGAAGGGGAGGGGCCGAGCCGCCCGCAGCCUCCGGGCCGGGCGCCCCGUGGCCUCGGGAAAGUGAAAGGGCCGCGGGGCCUCCGCGCCGCCCCAGGAAGUCGGGAGCAGGAAGCGCCCACGGAGGCCCGGCCACCGGCCAGGCUGCGUUGCGUGGGCCUGGGCGGCACAGAGAGCCGAGCCGGUGCCGGAAGGAAGAGGGCUGCGAGAGCCCACAGGACAUCCCGCUUUCCAGGCUGUGUGAGUCCGGGCGCAGGAGACCCAGGAUUAAUAGCCUCUCUAUGAAGCAUCUGAUCCCGUGACCGGAGCCCCACAGUCCGUGCGUAAAUGGCUCAGCUCCCCCCCGGCAUCCGCUUCUUGGUCUCAUUCUCUCGGGAUCAGUGGUAUAGAGCCUUCAUUUUCGCGCUGACGUUUUUGCUAUAUGCAAGUUUCCACUUAUCCCGAAAGCCUAUCAGCAUAGUUAAGGGUGAGCUGCACAGGUACUGUGCUGCUGCGAAUGAGGACGAACUCAGGUUCCACAGCCAGAGCCAAAAAGCCAGUGACACCCCUCCACACCAGCUCCCAGACAAUGAGACUGACUGCGGCUGGGCCCCGUUCGAUCAGGGCAACUACCAGCAGCUGCUCGGGGCCCUGGACUACGCCUUCCUGUGCGCGUACGCCAUCGGCAUGUACCUGAGUGGCAUCAUAGGGGAGCGCCUGCCAAUUAGGUAUUACCUGACUUUCGGGAUGCUGGCCAGUGGCACCUUUACUGCCCUCUUUGGGUUGGGGUAUUUCUACAACAUCCACAACUUUGGAUUCUAUGUGGUAAUUCAGAUCAUCAACGGACUUGUGCAGACCACUGGCUGGCCCAGCGUUGUCACCUGCCUCGGCAACUGGUUUGGAAAAGGCAGGCGAGGUUUGAUUAUGGGGGUCUGGAAUUCCCACACCUCCGUGGGAAACAUUUUGGGGUCCUUGAUUGCCGGCUACUGGGUGUCCACGUGCUGGGGCCUGUCCUUCAUUGUGCCCGGGGCCAUCGUGGCAGCCAUGGGGAUCGUGUGCUUUCUCUUUCUCAUCGAACAUCCGAAGGACGUUGCCUGCUCUCCCACCCUGAUGACGCGCUCAAAAAGCUGUGAGAAUGGCAUGCACAAGUUUCGACUGCAGAAGCAAGCCUUACCCUCCGAGAAGAAACCUCUGGACCCGGAGAUGCAGUGCUUACUGCUGUCCGAUGGAAAGCGGGCCGUCCAUCAGAACCACGUCGUCGUCCUCCCGGGCGAUGGCGGGAGCGGCAUGGCUGCCAUCAGCUUCACUGGGGCCUUGAAAAUUCCCGUGAGUACAUGCGCCCGGGAAGAGUUUCCAGAAGGGUCCUCUGCGCUCUGUGAAAAGCCGGCUGAUAUUUGUGUCAUUUUUAUAGAUCACCUGGAUGCCAAGAAGGCGGGGGAGCUGUCCACCUUGUUUGACGUGGGCGGGAUCUUCGGUGGAAUCCUGGCAGGUGUCAUCUCAGAUCGGCUGGAGAAGAGGGCCUCCACCUGCGGCCUCAUGCUGCUGCUCGCAGCGCCGACGCUCUACGUGUUCUCCUCCGUCAGCAGAAUGGGCCUGGAGGCCACUGUAGCCAUGCUGCUGCUCAGUGGGGCCCUGGUCAGUGGGCCAUACGCGCUCAUCACCACUGCUGUGUCCGCUGACCUGGGGACUCAUAAAAGUCUGAAAGGAAACUCCCGUGCCCUCUCCACCGUGACCGCCAUCAUCGACGGGACCGGGUCUGUAGGCGCGGCGCUCGGCCCGUUGCUGGCUGGGCUCAUCUCCCCGUCCGGAUGGGACAACGUGUUCUACAUGCUCAUGUCUGCGGACGCCUGUGCCUUACUGUUCCUGAUCCGCCUCAUACACAAGGAGCUGAUCUGCUCAAGGUCAGCGACGGGGGACCAAGUUCCGUUUAAGGAACACUGACCCGUCGGGUCCUGUGGAGGGAGGUUGGGCCCGUCCUCCACAAACUGUCUUUCAAGGGAAAGUUCAAAUAAAGGAGCCUGUGUUGAAAAGAAUGAUUUGCUCUUCCCUCUCGCACAUGUACCUGGAAGACACAGAAACCGCCUUGAGAAUUCCCGGUGCUGGUUAGACGGCCGUGGGCCCAGGAUGGCACCGAGCAAGGAAACCCUGGGGCGCACUGUCGGCCGUGGUUGUGCCUGGCAGGGCGCUGGGCAGCUGCUUCGCCACCUGUGGGGGCGACUGGGGCUGCUGUGAGGCACGCAGGUGCCCUCAGCGUCUCAGAUACUUCAGCGUGGAAUGCUAGCACGGGGUGAGUGCUGCGUGGCGGGGACCCUGAUGUCGCCUGAACGUGCCGUGUGGAAGACACCGUAGGGCAGCGCGUGUGACAAAGCAGCCAGCAAAGAGCCCAGGCUCCCAAAGGACAAGAGCUGAGAGCUGGAUCAGAAACACAGAGGGGACUUGGACCUGUCACAUCACACGGACACUGCCAGCACCUCCUCCUGCACUGGGCCCACAGAAACCACUGUGAGGAUGCCCCGUGGUGAAGCCAUCUAAGCCUGAAAGGGCCGUAGGCACCGCAACACCAGCCCCAGAACUCCCCAGAGAUUCCUGUGGUCCCCGCUCCAAGGGCCAUGGCACUGCUGGUGCCCUGUGGGGUUGCGGGGAGAACACGCCUGAGGCUGGGUGGGGAGCUGGGGGUGGACGGGUCCCCAGUGCGGAAGUGGUUGCCCUCCGCGACACGCCCGACACCUGGACCUGUCCUUAGCUGCACGGCAGUGGAGUGCGUUGUUUACGCAGGCUGUGCGCUGUGUUAUAGGAGCUGAGAAGCAGCGUGGUGUUCGGUUAUUUAUUGAGACAGAGCCAUUGUUCUCUGGCCACUGUUCCUUCGGUGUUGCCUAGCAAACAUCCACCCUCUGAAAUAAAACGUAAAAACUCAAGCGGGAUGGCGAUUA